UAGAAUAGAAAAAAGUGCAAUGAUCCAUCGAACCAAAUGCUUUGCUUUCCUAAUUACUUUGUGUCCCGUAUCAUUUUCUCCCACAUACCCCCUCCCCCUUUCACUUUUUUUUUUUUUUUUUUUUUGAGACAUUUUUGAAGUGGUAAUUAUCUCCUGGAGAACAAAACCAGCUGAUUCAGGGAGGGCCAGUGCAUUUUAGGGAGAGAUGGCUAACAGGAGGGUUGUGUUGCUCCUUCUCGGAUUCAUCCUCACAAUACAGCUGAGUCCUUCACUGCAAGGAGGGCUGUAUGUGCCACCGGGUUCAGCUGGAGCAGGACCAGGAGCUGCUGGAUUACUACCAGGCGCUGGACUUUACCCAGGUGCUGGGACGUCCCAAUACAAAGCAGCAAAAGCAGCAGGAGGAUAUGGAGGUGCUGCUGGGACAGGAGCUUUAGGGGCUGGAGGUUAUGGAGCUGGUGGUUAUGGGGUUUAUGGCACAUAUGGUGGUGCUGGAAGAUUUUACCCAGUGUCUGGAGGUCUGAAACCGGCUAAAUCAGGCACUGGGCUACCUGGAGGAGGUCUACCUGGAGGAGGUCUACCUGGAGGAGGUCUUCCUGGAGGAGGUCUUCCUGGAGGUGCUGGUGGAAAGCCUGCUAAAGGGCCAGGUGCAGGAGGAACUGGUACUGGUCUUCCAGGUCUUGUGAUUCCUCAGACCGGGGUACAAGGACUGGGCCUUGGUGGGGUUGGACCUGGGGGAAAAGCAGCAAAGGCUGGAAAAGCUCCAGUGCCAGGAGUGGGAGUGCCUGGACCAUAUCAAGGAGGUCUUGUUCCUGGACAAGGAUUCAAUGGGCGGGGUGUUCUUCCUGGUGUAGCCACAGGAACUGGAGUCAAACCUAAAUCAGGUGGACGUGGAUAUGGACCACUGCAACAAGGAGUAUUUCAUGGAUACCCUCUCAAAUCUCCCAAAGCCCCAGGUGCUGGGUUACCCUAUACUGGUGGUAAACUUCCAUACGGUUACGGUGGUUUUGGUGGAGGUACUGGGCUCCCUGGUGGGAAAGCAGGAGCUGGAUCUAAGCCGGGUUAUCCGACAGGGACUGGUGUUGGGACUUUAGGGGUGUCUGCUGCACAGGCCAAAGCUGCUAAAUAUGCUGGUUUUGGAGCGGCUGGAGCUUUUCCGGGUGGUGCUGGGGGACUUUACCCUGGUGCAGGAGCUGGUUUAGGUGGUGUUGGAACAGGUGGUGCUGGUGGACUUUAUCCAGGGGCAGGAGGUGUGGGUGUUUUUACACCAGCUCAAGCUAAAGCAGCGAAAUAUGGUGCUGGUCCUGGUGUUACUGGUACUGGUGGUGUACCAGGUGCAGGGGGACUCUUCCCAGGGGAUCCUGUUGUGAUCUCCCCUGCUCAACCAAAAGCUGCUAAAUGCGUAAUGAUGGCAGGUUAA